CUACAGGCUGCUUCGUGGAAUGGACAUAAAGAGAUCUUACAGAUAUUAAUGGAUGCCAAGGCCGAAGUCGAUGCUCAGAGCGGCCACUCUGGCAACGCGCUACAGGCUGCUUCGUUGCGAGGACACAAAGAGGUCGUAAAGAUCUUGAUAGAUGCUAAGGCUGAUGUCAAUGCUCAGGGCGGCCACUUUGGCAACGCGUUACAGGCUGCUUCGUUGCGAGGACACAAAGAGGUCGUAAAGAUCUUGAUAGAUGCUAAGGCUGAUGUCAAUGCUCAGGGCGGCCACUUUGGCAACGCGCUACAGGCUGCUUCGUUUGGAGGACACAAAGAGAUCGUACAGACGUUGAUAGAUGCCAAGGCCGCAGUCAAUGCUCAGGGCGGCCACUUUGGCAACGCGCUACAGGCUGCUUCGUUGCGAGGACACAAAGAGGUCGUAAAGAUCUUGAUAGAUGUUGAGGCUGAUGUCAAUGCUCAGGGCGGCUACUUUGGCAACGCGCUACAGGCUGCUUCGUCUGGAGGACAC